AUGCCGCCCACGCUGAGUGAUAAGAAAAUAAGAAAGGACGCAUCAUACGCUGGGGCUGUCAAAGGUGGUGUCAUCACUGGUGGCAUAAAGAAGCCUUCUCCCUCGCCGAAGUCACCUACCAGAUCUUCCUUGAGACAGAAGAGCAAGGAACCAGCAGGUGGUCCUCUGCCCGACACAGAAUGGGAAGCAUUCGGUUCCUCCAAAAAGUCUACCUACUUCAGCAAGGAACAGUCCGACGAAAAGACCGCAGAAUGCGUCGCCUGCCACAAGCUGUGGAAGAGAAACCAUGACACCGGCGAAAGGAAACUCUGGGGUUACUGCGCUGAACGCAAGGCUGAGCAUUUCUACCCCGGUCUGAUCAUUCGUGCCAUGGACUCCAUGCCGCAGACUUGGCACAAUGCACCUAUAGAUGACCCGGAUACAGCUUCACACAACGAGGGACCGGUAUAUGCCAAGAAACGACCCAUGGUAGUCUUGUGGGCCAGCCAACGCGACAUCUUCUGCCUUCCCAUCAGAUCGCUGUCGAACAGUGUUGCCAACUUUAGCAAAGAUCCGACGAGAUGGCAGGAAUUCAUCAGUGCCACCACGGUCGAUGACACAGACUGGAAGGGCAAAACUCCCUGGGCUGGACCUCCACUCACAUUCUUGGCCACCGAGAAAAAACACACUGGACUGCAUAAGCAAUGCUUCAUCCAGCUAACAAGGCCGAUAGUAGUCCAGAUGCAGUCUGAGAUGCAGAUGAACAUGGGACGUCUGAGCGGCAGCGACUACUGCAGAUUGAUCCAGGCCUACUCGUACUCACAGAAUCUCCACAAGCAAAAAGCGUUCGAGGAGUAUGGGCAGAUGGCCAAUCUUGUAGACGGGACGAAGUGGGACGAAGGCGAAAAAUCGGCUCAAUGGCAAUUGCGAGAGAAGCAAAUGGAUCUCAAAAAGCCUGUGGUAGUCGACAAGACAACAAAGACGUACAAACUGCAAUAA